AAAAAAAAAAAAAAGAGAGAGAGAAAAAAAAAGAUCUCAGAUGGGUUCUGUGCAUGUGAUCACCACAUGCCCUCGGCUGCGACUUCCUGAAGCUUGUCCGGCUGCUAAUCACAGGAGCCAUGUCCAGUGCCAUUUUUGUGAUGGCACCCCAGCUGCUCCAGACCUGGAUCCCCUUCUGGGAGCCUGUCCUCAUGAGCAUGUUUUUAGGACUGGCCAGUUACCCCACUGGUGAGGACCUGGGUGAGGGAUGGGGGCCUGCAAACUGGAGUCUCCAACCGAGGAAGAGGACCCAGCCUCCUGGGUCACUCCGGUUCUCCCCUUCGCCAGCUGUCCUGGGACUGUUAGCUCAGCUCAUCUGCGGGACAGAAGUCCUCUUCCAGGUCAUUCCUGCUUCAUAGAGGUCAAGUUUGUCUGGGCCUUCUACCUGGGCUGUGGCACCUUCACCUUGUAUUUGAGGUGGGGCCCAGGACCUGAUGCUGCCGCGAGGGGAGGGCCAGAAAGUCCUGCACUGACAUCCUUGACCCCCAACUCCCGCUCCCUGACCACAGAAACCCAGAUCCUGUUGAUGCAGCGCACCAGACUGAAGGCCUUGCUCAAAACAGCACUAAGUGUGAACUCAUGUGUCAGAUGAGGAUGUGGGCACGUCUUCCCUCCACAAGCUCAAAACUGCGAUCUCUGUUUACCUGCCCUGGGCAUAAGCUCCAAGCAAGGAGCCGGGAGUCUGAGUGUCCCCACGCUCAGGACCUGGAGUCUAGGCCUCCUAGCGGCUUCCUCCUUCAGCCCCAGGUUUCCUAGCCUCCUGCCCCCUCCUUUUAUGGAGACCCUAGAAUUGGGGCCCCCGUCUGCCAGAACGGAAGGUUGCAGAACCCACAGGAAAGAACGAAAGAAGUUGGGGCCCCCAACUGUCCCCUCUGGCCACACCUCGCCCUCCCAUUUAACUCACACCCUGGCCUCACUCACCACACCCCACCUCUGGGCCUCCCAAGCCUCUCUCUCACCUCUUCCAGGAAGCCCCCUCUGGGUGUGGAGGGCUCCAAGGGCAGGAGGCAUAGAAACUUCUGUAGAGACAGAGAGGCACGUUCCACCCACCCAAACCACUGACAAUGUGACAUCUCCAGGGCCCUCCCCCCCACCAUAUACUGUGAGGGGAACCUCAAGGGGUGGGGGGGGGGGCGGGUGCCGAUGAAAGCCGGGAAGGGAGGAUGUGUGACAUGAGUCAGUUGCCAGGAACUGGGUGAGACCAAACUAGUCUGAUCUGAAAGACCACAGGUCCCCCAGCUGCCCCAACUGCUUGACUCUCCCAGGAGUCCGGGGGGCAUAGCUUCCUCCUCUCUCAGAGACCCAGGAAUCUGCAUCACCAGGCUGUUCCUCACCCAGGACCCAGAAGCCCAGCCUUCGCCCCCAUGGAGCCCUGCCGGUCCCUGGCCCUGCUCACUAGCUCCCUGGGCCUGCUGUCUCUCUUGGUGGCUCUGAGCACGAAUUUCUGGUUUGUGGCCGAGGGGCCCAGCUCCUUGUCUCACUCGGGCCUCUGGACAAGGGGGGAUCAGGGCUCAGUAAAAGGCUAUAUCCACGUGACACAGAGCUUCUGCAUUCUGGCUGCCCUUUGGGGCCUGAUCUCUGUGAGCUUUCUGGUCAUGUCCUGCAUCCCUUCACUGUCUGCCCCUGGACGCGGCCCCAUCGUCUCGACCUUCAUAGCCUUUGCCGCGGCCCUCUCCCUGAUAGUGGCCAUGGUGGUCUACACUGUCGAGCGGUGGAAACAGCCUGGACACCCCCAGAUCCAGUCCUUCUUUUCCUGGUCCUUCUACCUGGGCUGGGUUUCAACUGUCCUCUUUCUCUGUGCAGGUGGCCUGAGUCUGGGAGCUCACUACGGGGCCCACCGGCCUGGCUAUGAGGCCAUGUGAACCACAGGAUGGCUUUGGCACUCCAUUCUCUGAAGGCAUCAUCAGGAACCACGAAAAUAGCUGGCUCUCCUCCCUGCCCUGACUCCCAGCGUCUGCAAGCUCUUUCCUUUGUGUCUUCAUUCAUUCAACAAAAAUUUGCUGGGAUCUGGUCAUUCCGAGGUUAAUGCUGCCACAACGGAAGGAGACGACACUCCAGCUCCACAGUGGAUGACACUGGGCACCCAGAGAGGAGUCAGUCCUGCUACCUGCCCUGCCCUAGAGAUGCUCCCACCAGAGUGGGGACCAGUGUGGGCUCGGGCAUGGCCCCAGGGCCCUCGUCUCUCCAUCCUUUAUCUCUUUUCUUCCCUUCGUCUUUCUCCCUUUAGCUCUUUUCUUCUUGCCCCCUCUUUGAUUUUGUCACCCUUGCCUUCACCCUUAGUGUGCCUUGCUCAUUUCAUUAAUAAAUUCCCUCUUGGGACUUCCCUGGUGGUCCGGAG